AUGGACAUGGAAGGCAUUGGCACGGACAGCCCGCCUGGCACACCCGUACAGCAGCUGGCUGUUCAAAUGUCGGUCGUUGUGCUUGAGACCCUUUUCUAUGGCAUCUUUCUUGUUCUCUUUUUCGCAAUGGGUUAUAUCCGCCUCCACUCGCGCAACAGCACACGACUGGGAUUCGGAGCUUCCUUUGGUCGCAGUCCAGUCGAACUUGCAUUGUUCGCACUUCUCCUUCUCUCGACCACGCAUUGGACGAUAACUCUUAUUUCCUUCUUUUCGACCUUCCUGGGCCCAGGGCGCGACAGUGUCGCUGCAAUGAUACACGCAUCUCGUAAUUCUCCAUCCCUCCUACGGCUUCAAUCAACUCAGAACAUGCUCACUUUGCUGUCUAUGGCGGUUGGGGAUGCAGUUAUCAUCCACCGUCUGUGGGUUGUCUAUACGCAUAACCUUCGGAUCGUCAUCGCCCCGCUCGCCUUCUGGGCCGGUCUCAUAGUCACCGGGUUCUACGUCGUCGUCAGACUUUACAUCAACCUUCCGAAUGCGCACAAAACCGUGUCUGGCUGGAUCACUGCAAAUUGGGUCUUAAGCGCAGCAACAUGCGUAUAUUGCACCACUUUCUUGGCUUGCAGAGUGUGGACCACCUGUCGUGAAAGUCCGGGCAAGAGAACCGGGAAACUUAUGGCUUCAUUGGUAGUUCUGGUUGAGAGUGCGGCUAUCUGGACCUCCUGGAUGUUGGUCUACAUCGUUCUUCACGAAGUGCACACGGUGGUACAGUUGGCUUUCAAUGCCUGCGUCACCUCCCUCCUAGGAAUCGUCAAUACUUCCAUCUAUCUUCGCAUUGCAGUCGGUGUCUCUGCUGCACCGCCACGACCUCGACCCAGGCCCCAAUCCGGAAUCACGAUCACGCAGACAGAGAUGAACACACGGGCUCCGGGCACAGAACUUGCCACUAUGACGAACGAUGCCUCGCUGUUUGGCCUAAGCGCUGUAUCAAGCGACCCCGAGUCAUCUGAGUAUGGCCUCGAAUACCAAUAUCCGAACCCCAUUGACUCAAGACGGUCCUCCUCAGUCAAAUACUCGUACUCCUUAUGA